AUGAGCACUGGAGUGCUUCCCUUUGUACGAGGAAUCGACUUUUCCCGGAAUGAUUUCUCGGGAAAUCGAUUUCCUGAAGAGGUGGCACAGAUGACUCAAAUGACAUGGUUGAAAUUAAACAGAGCAUCACUAGAAAGGGUACCAGAUGAGCUUUCUCGCCUCUCAAAUCUGGAACAUCUUCAAAUGUCGCGCAACGCGUUAACUAGUGUACAUGGGGAACUUUCUGAUUUGCCAAGGUUGCGUUCGGUUAUUGUAAGACAUAACCAAAUCAAAACAUCUGGCAUUCCGACGGAUAUCUUUCGCAUGAAGGAUCUAACCAUCAUUGAUUUUAGUCAUAAUUCUUUACGCGAGGUGCCUCCGAACCUUGAGUAUGCGAAGGGUGCUAUUGUACUUAGUUUAAGUAAUAAUAAUAUUGAGAAUAUCCCGAACGGGGUAUUCUCCAAUUUAAUUGAUCUGCUAUAUUUGGAUCUCAGUAAUAAUAAAUUAGAAAUGCUUCCACCGCAAAUUCGGAGACUAACAACUUUACAAGUUAUACGUCUUUCAAACAAUCCACUGCAUCACUUUCAGUUAAAACAACUUCCU